CCCCAAACCGCUUCCCGAGGCAACUCCACUACCAUGGCUGAGCGCCGGAAGCGCCAGCAUCCCCAGGGGCCCGCAGCGCAACGCCGGGAGAAGCGCCGUCGAGGAGCUAUCGACGAGGAACGGGAGCCCAUCUAUGAGCCCAAGCGACUUCCGUGGGCCCAACACGAGGCGGACCUCGAUAAACGGCAAGACUGGAGGCGGUCGUACCGCAUGGAGAAGGCCAGCUUCCACAAGCUUGUCGAGCUACUCCGCCCUAGUUAGUUGUGUGUUCCGUGAAGAACACAGAGCCGUCUCACAACCCUAGUCGGGAGGUGUAUUGGGCCGGUACUCUGACGAGUUAAACGAUGACAUGCGUCCUUUGACGCUGGCGAUUGCAAACACACCCCCUAUGACACUAGUGCAUAUUUCCUGACCGACACACGCUCAUCCUUCGAACAUUAUCUGCGCUUCGCUCCGAAACCCCACAGCACUGCGAUCGCCAAUCAACGGCGCCAUAGCUGUAGAAGUCCGCGUUGCCGUGGCGUUGAGGAUCCUGGCUGGCGCUAGUUACUGGGAUGUUGCCCUCAUGUUUGGCUUGUCGGUGCCGACCACGUACCAGAUCUUGUGGUCGGUGAUCGACGCCAUCAACAAGACGCCUGCGGUUGGGGCAUUCGACUUCCCCCUGACCGAGGAAGGCUGCAUGCGAAAUGCCCACAGAUUCAAGGAGUAGAGCACCGAUGGCAUUUUCUCCUGGGUCGUCGCCGCCGUGGAUGGUCUGUUCAUC